AUGGCCGCCAUCGGAGCGCGCCGGGCCACGUUCUCCUUCGCGGGGCAGCUUCUCCCCCUGCUCGUCCUCGCUUUGCUGCUCCAGGCGCCCUCCGCGUCCGCCCGCCACUGGUUCUGGUACGACGCCCUCUUCCCCGUCGGCCCCUCAGGCGAAACGAAUCCCGCCGCCGCGUUCACCGCAGAGACCGAGGGAGCGGCCGCGGGGGCUGCCGCGGCGCCGCUAGCCCCGGUGGCGGCGCCAGCGCCGGCGCCGGCUCCUGCGGUGUCGUGCUAUGACGUCCCUGCGGGCCGUUUGAUCGCGUCCGGAGCCGCGCCCGACCAAUGUGCUGCGCUGGCGGCGGAGCUGACGCGCACUGCGGGGAAAUUCGCGGGCAAGACUGGAGGGCAAGGAUUUGCGGUUCCUUCUCUCUUCCGCGCCUGCCACUCCACGUUCCAGUUCAGGAAGGACUGCGACGUGGAGGACCUGCUGUCGAUCGCGAACGCGUUUGACAAUCACUACGUGUACAAACACAUCGCCGUUGACUCGCCGGACCAGACCAACCUGCCGAGCAGCAUCGAUAUUGUCGCGGAACUGCGGAAGAUUGUCGCGAACGCGGAGGCGGGGAAGUACCCACGGCUGGUUGACGCGCACAUGGCUGCGUUCCGGGCAGUGUGGGCUCUGAAUGACGGUCACACCACGUUCAUGCCGCGAUGCUUCAUGGGAGAAUUCAACCUGCCGCUGCCGCUCAUGGCGGUUGUCGAAAACGCCCAGCAAAUCAUUCGCGUUGCGCCACGCCGAUAUAUCACUCCCAGCGGCAUGGACCAUGUUGCGAAGGUUCUGCACAAUUUUGACUUCGGCCUUUACGAAGGCCGACAGGUGGUGGCGAUAAACGGGGUCAAAGCGGAAAAAUUCAUCCUAGAUUGGGCAGACAAGGAAAUGGGCACGUAUCGCAAUCGCGCUUCGCGAUUCACGAAAGCUUUCGCGAGGAAUGAAGUGGAAGGAACAGCGAAAGGGACGAACAUCGUCCAGGUGCCAGGCGAAUUCGCCCGGCGAGCCUUUGCUCCCGAAAAUGACACCUUGCUGAUGUCCUUCACGACAGCGGAUGGAAGUUCGACGGAAGACGUAGAGGUGCCAUGGAUCGGGACAGGUGGGCUUGAUCUCUUUGCAAAUGCCACGGCAUACUGGAAGGCCAACUGUGCCGUGAAGGACCCAUCAGUUGCUGGCGGCAACAGCGUGCAGGCAAGGUCGCACUCAAGCGCACAGGCAAGCACGGUCGAACAUGCAGACGCUCCGAUGAUUGACAGGUUUCUCGAACGCCAUCCCGCUCCAGUCUACUACGACGAUACGAGUGACAGCAGCGGCGACGAUCUGAAUGUCGAGAUUGCGUCGCUUUCUGCUGCAGCAGCAGGACCGACUGUAACGAGGAUCUCACCAACGACUGAUUUUUAUCUGGUGUACCUGGUGGGCGGCACCACGGCUGUGGUCUGGAUUCACAAGUUCAGUCCCGGCGGCGCGGUGUCGCAGGCGUUGGCGGCAGAAAACAUCGAUGAGGAGCAGUAUAUGAUUAAGGAGGUCACUAAGGCUCUCAACACCGCAGCAGCAUCCAACGCCUCGCAGAUCAUCAUAGACGUGCGCAGCAACGGUGGCGGCAUUGUGCAAGCAGCAUACACAGCCAUCCGCCUGCUCAUGGGGGCAGCCAAGGUCCCCAACUCUGACUUCGCCCUGCCGAUGGAUUUCAUCAUCGGCACACCAUACACCGAGAAUGCCGUCAGCGUGCUCUCUGUCGAAGAAACGCUCUACUAUGUAGGACUGUACACCGAUCUCAACGGGACCGCCCUCUCCAGCGCCUAUGGCUACGCUCCUUUCCGCAAGCUCCGCUUCACAGAGGCCGGACCUGCUGGCAACUACUCGGCGCCGAUCAAGAUAAGUCAAACUUUCACUGGGAAGCAAACGCAGCCGGUGUUUGGCAACCGCCCCUUCAUGUUCCUGUCAGACGGAGACUGCUUCUCCGCCUGCUCCAUCCUCACGCACGUGCUGGGGAAACGCCACAAAGUGCCCAUGGUAACCGUGGGUGGUUUGCCCAACCAGCCCCCUGAUGUGGGCUCCUCGUGCCUUGGGUUUACCCAACCUGACAUCUAUUCGAUGGCACCAGGCCUCACCAAACUCGCUACCGUAUUGCCAGAGAAUGCGUCACUGCCUCUCAAGGUGAAAGGGGCGGUUGGCAUGGCGUUUACUAAUGGUUACGUGGAUUCGGAGAUUCCGUGCGAGUUUGAGUUUCUGCCCAGCCAGCAUCACAUCAACUACACUGUUGAUCUCAUUGACAAGCCCUGGGCCAUGUGGAGUGAGGUGGCCAAGCUCUUUGCCUCCGCUGCUGCCUAG